AUGAAUGCAUACAAACAACAUUUUCUUCGCAUGGCUAUUUAUAAUCGAUGGGCUUUUCGACAACUCUAUAGUACAUUAGAUAACCAUAUAUCCGAUGAAAACUAUUAUGCUGAUAAUGGUCUUUACUUUCGAUCAAUUCAUGGUACUUUAGUUCAUUUACUUUUAUCAAGUAAACUUUGGUAUAAUCGUCUUACUGCAACAACAUCACAUUCAAUUCAAGAUGAAAAAUAUCCAUAUGAAAUUAAUUCCUAUUGGUCUCGUCCAGCAAAUGAAUGGGAACAAGCAAUCACCGAUCGUAAAGAUCUUUAUGAGAAAAUUCUCACCGAAUGUGAUCGAUGGAUUGAUUAUACAAAAGAAUUAAAUGAUCAACGUUUAAUGAAUGAAGAAACAUUUGAUUAUAUUGAUACUAACGGAAAUAAGCAUGAACGUAAUCGUGGUGCAGCAUUGGAUCAUGUAUUUAAUCAUACUACUCAUCAUCGUGGACAAAUAACUGCAAUCAUAACUAAAUAUGUAGGGCAAGAUGCAUCACCUAUACUUGAUUUACCUGCGAUGCCGACGGAUGAAUAUACUAAUAUUAUCAAUUAG